GUCUCUGGGUUGACUGGUGGGUGCUGCGGGGGAGGUGAGUGGAGUUUGCUGUGGAGCAGUUGGGAGAGCGCGGGAAGUGAUCAUUUCCCUGUCCCUGUCCCGCGCGGCUGCGGCGCCAGAUCGGCUGGAGAGUCCGGGGGGGGAGGAGCAGGGCCAGGACCCCCGCCCGGGCUUGGCUUUGCGGCUGCUGAAUGGGACCCAGGCAGGCAGAGAGGAGCCAACCCCAGCCUGGUAUCUGUAGCCUGAGUGUCGCUGAGAGAGACCAUGGGGCCAGGGCUGCUGAGAGCGAAGAGCCGCUGCAGGGGAGAGCUAAUAGCGAUGGACAACAGGACACUGGCGGGGAGCCAGAACCUCGUUGUAACUGCACAAGACGCACGGUUGCCCUCACAGUCACCCUCGCAAUUGUGUCCUCAGCUUUUAUCAUCGCUACUGUCCUGGCAGUGCAGGGAUGUAAGCUUCUUUCAGCUGAUCUUUGUGCCCCUGCUGAGAUCUGCUGCCCGGAUGACUGGAUUGGUUACCGAGGGAAAUGCUACUAUUUCUCAGAGACUGAAGGGAACUGGAACUACAGCCUGACGAACUGCUCUGCACUCAGCGCCUCCCUGGCCGGGAUCGACAGUGAGCAGGACAUGGUUUUCCUGCAGCGCUAUAAAGGCAAAUUUGACCACUGGAUCGGCCUCCGGAGGAACCCGGGGCAGCCCUGGAAAUGGGCCAACGGCACCGAAUUCAACAACCUGUUUGUGGUAAGAGGAGGAGGAGACUGUGGGUAUCUGAAUGAUGAGAAUGGGGUCAGCAGCUCGCGGUGCACCAAUGAGAGAUACUGGAUCUGCACCAAACCUGAUGCAUUUACAUAGGCAAAGGAGGAUGCAGUAGAAGGGGGCUGAUAACAAGAGUAUUGUGAAAAUUAGCCCUGGAAAAGCCUGACUGUGAUCUCUUGUGACCAUCACAUCUGACCAACUCCAGAAUAUCAGGGAAUGCUCUGAGCAUCACUGGGCAGAGCACUGUUGAUUUUGGUGAAACACAGAAACACCAUCUGCACGUCUUGUUCCCCCACCAAUGUUCCCUCUAAUAUUUUACAUGCAUGUGUGGAAUGAAUUUUAUGUGCACCACUAUGGAGGUGAUGUAUGG